AUGGCUCAACCUCUCGUCUUCUUCGCUCUGUCGCUCCUUCUCGGGGUCGCUCGGGCACGGACAUGGCCGACGCUCAGUGGUACCUCUCUCUCUCUCUCUCUCUCUCUCUCUCUCUCUCUCUCUCUCUCUCUCUCUCUCUCUCUCUCUCUCUGUCUUGUUGAAAAAUUGCUUGUUGACGGCCAGGAGAGGCGCCGCGGGUGGUGGCGCGAGGAGGGUACUCGGGGAUCUUCCCGGAGUACACGGCGGCGGCGUUUCUGUUCGCCAACGCGAUGAGCAUGUCCGACGUGGUCCUCUUCUGCGACCUGCAGCUGACCAAGGACGGCGUGGGCAUCUGCCGGACAGACCUCCGACUGGACAACUCCAGCAACAUCGCCGACGUCUUCCCGGACGGCGACCAAACCUACAAAGUCAACGGGAGCCCCGUUCAGGGUUGGUUCGCCAUUGACUUCACCUCCGACCAGAUCUUCAGCAACGUCACCGCCAGUCAGAAUGUCUUCUCCCGGCCUAAUGUCUUCGACGGAAUCUACCCCAUCACCACACUGGAUGACGUCAGAGGCAUGAGGCCUACCCAGCUCUGGUUGAACGUCCAGGUCUCUCUCUCUUUUUCUCUCUCUCAAAUGAUCCUGGAUUCGAGAACAGUCUAACGCCGCCCUCCAUGCAUCUUCUUCUUCUCGGCGGCAGUACGACACCUUCUACACGCAGCACGGCCAGGACAUCGUUGCCUUCGUCGCGGACGCGGCGGCGCACAUGCCCGUGGACUACAUCUCCUCUCCAGAGAUCGGCUUCUUGAAGAAGAUGGCCAGGAAGGGCGCUAAGGGAAGGAAGAUGAAGCUCAUCUUCAAGUUCCUCGAAGAGGACGAGGUGGAGCCGACGACCGCACGGCCCUACGGGGCCUUCCUCCAGGACCUUUCGUCCCUUAGGGCCUUCUGCUCGGGGAUCCUCGUGCCCAAGGGCUACAUCUGGCCCGUCGGGGGCGCCCGCUACCUCGAGCCGCAGCAGACGAGCCUGGUGGCUGACGCCCACAAGCUGGGGCUGGAGGUGUUCGCCUACACCUUCGGCAAUGACCUCGUUGGGAGCUACAACUACAGCUACGAUCCCACGGUGGAGUAUCUCCAGUUCAUCGGCGGCGGAGAAACAGACUUCUCUGUCGACGGAGUCCUCACCGACUUCCCUUCCACCGCGUCGGAGGCCGUCGGUGAGUCCAGUUCAUCGCUCCGCCACUGUCGCCAAUGAUGCAGUAGGUCUCUAUCUUCCUCAACCGUCCUUUUUUCCCUUUUUCCUUCCUUCCUUCCCCGUGCAGCUUGCCUGUCUCUAAACCAGAAGAGCGCCUCCUCCCAAGCAGAAGGUAAGAAGCACCCAUUGGUGAUAACCCACAACGGCGGCGCCAGCGGGGUCUUCGCCGGCAGCACGGACCUCGCUUACCGGAGGGCAGCGGAGGACGGCGCCGACGUCGUCGACUGCUCCGUCCAAAUGACCAGCGACGGGGUCGCCUUCUGCAUGGGCUCCGCCGACCUGACGAGCUCCACCACGGCGACGGCGGCGUUCAUGCCCAGGUCAACGAUGAUUCCUGAAAUCCAGCCUAACAGCGGGAUCUUCUCCUUCCAUCUAACCUGGAGUGAGAUCAAGAGCCUAAAACGUAAGCCAGAUCUCAUGGAUUGAUAAUCUCUAAUUCUUUUCCAUGUCGGGAUAAGUAAUGUCGGUUUCGUGGUGGCGGCGCAGCGGAGUUGAAGAGCCCCUUGCAGGAGGCCGGUUUGCCGAGGAACCCAGAGAUGAAGAACGCCGGGAAGUUCUUGACUCUCGCCGAAUUCCUCGACUUUGCCGAGGCCAACUCCAUCAAAGGAAUCUUGGUCAACCUGGAGGUGAGUGAGUCAGCGCAGACUGUAGUCAACUUAGAGGUGUCAAUGGGCCUGGCUGUGGACUUAACUGGGCCUCCCAUCAAUGCUCCUCCGAGCUAUGGAAAUAAAAUCUUUUUUAUCUUCGCCAUUAUUAUUACUACUACUGACGAGAGUCGCUCGCAGAAUGCAGCGUACCUCGCAUCGAAGAAGGGCCUGGAUGUAGUCGGCGAAGUCAGCGCGGUCUUGGUCAACUCCCGCUUCACAAGGCAGGUCAUGAUCCAGUCGGACGACAGCUCGGUGCUCGCCAGAUUCCGGGACUCGGCUCCUUCUUACAGGAGAGUUCUCCUCGUGAAGGAGACGGUCAGCGACGCCCCCCCGCCGGCGGUGGAGGAGAUCACGCGGGUCGCCCACGCGGUCAACAUCCCUCGGUCCUCCGUCGUCUCCAGCUCCGGUGGUUUCCUGGUCUCCUCCACCGACGUGGUGGCCGAGUUUCAGGCAGCCAACGUCUCCGUCUUCGUCUCCGUCCUCAGGAACGAAUUCAUGAACAUUGCCUUUGACUUCCUCGCGGACCCGAUCGUGGAGAUCGCCAGCUAUCUCUCCCAGUUCGGCGCGGACGGCGUCGUCACCGAGUUCCCCGCCACGGCGACCGCGUACAUAAGUAAGCGUUCGUCUGCGUUGACUUUAAACCAUCGUCCUGUUGUUCUAGAUAUAGUAGAUCGUGUUUUUGACUUCUGAGAUUGAUUUACAUAAGCGGUGGUUUGGAUUUCGGCAGGGAGCCCGUGCUACAACUACAGCUCUGUCGGCGGCUAUGCGAUCCUCCCGGUGCAACCCGGUUCGCUGCUGGGGAUGGCGGCGCCGGGGGCGGCGCCGCCGACGGAGCCGCCGGCACCGGCCCUCGCGGUGUCCGACGUGGUGGACCCGCCGCUACCACCGGUCAUGGACCCCGACGAGACGUCCCCAGGGGCGGCGCCGUCGGCUCUUCCCAGUGGGCAGCCCUCCGACGGGAUCCCCUCGCCGUGGAUUCUCUCGGCGGCGAUCGCCGGUGCAGUUUUCCUGCGCCUCCCUUGA